GUCGCAGCUGAAAUAACCCAGUUGGCUCGGGUCCUGUCGUCCUCUUGCUGCCCGGACUCAAUUUGUUCGAUUAAUUUGAGAAGACCGGUCGGAACCCUAGGGUCCGUCGUCGCCGGCAGUCAUGGGUAUCUCUCGGGAUUCGAUGCAUAAAAGACGAGCCACUGGUGGCAAGCAGAAGGCUUGGAGGAAGAAGAGAAAGUAUGAGCUUGGAAGGCAACCUGCAAACACAAAACUGGCACCCAAUGCUAAAACAGUUCGAAGGGUUCGGGUUCGAGGAGGCAAUGUGAAGUGGCGUGCCUUGAGGUUGGACACUGGGAACUACUCUUGGGGGAGCGAGGCUGUGACUAGGAAGACCAGAAUCUUGGAUGUGGUUUAUAAUGCCUCAAAUAAUGAGUUGGUUAGGACCCAGACCUUGGUUAAGGGUGCCAUUGUUCAAGUGGAUGCUGCACCGUUUAAACACUGGUAUCUCCAGCACUAUGGAGUUGAGAUUGGCCGCAAGAAGAAGGCUGCUGCUUCUGCCAAGAAAGAAGGAGACGGGGAGACUGAGGCUGCUCCGGAGGAGAAGAAGAGCAACCAUGUCCUCAGGAAACUGGAACAACGCCAGAAGGAUCGUAAAAUUGACCCACAUAUUGAAGAGCAAUUUGGGAGUGGCCGCUUAUUAGCUGCAAUUGCUUCAAGGCCUGGCCAGUGUGGUCGUGCUGAUGGCUACAUUUUGGAGGGGAAGGAGCUAGAGUUUUAUAUGAAGAAACUUCAAAGAAAGAAAGGGAAGGCUGCUGGUGGUGCUGCUUAGAGUCAUAUCUACUCAAUUUUGUUAUAUUAAGAUUAGAUGGUUCUUACUCCUUUGGACCAUUAAAUUUUACUAUUAGCAAUGUUCCAUUUGAGAUUGGCUCACCCUUAAGAGCUGUGUCCAAGAAUUUUGAGAACCAAAUUUCUAAUACAUGAUGAUCUUCAAUUUUUCAUUU